AUGAUCAUUCCCAUUAUCUUCAUCAUUUUUUGCCUUCUCUUCUCAUUCUCUUCCUCUCAGCCUUCUAUGUUCGAUUUUUGUGUUGCAGAUUUCUCAGCUCCUUAUGGCCCUGCUGGAUAUUCCUGCAAGAACCCUGCAAAUGUGACUCCCAGGGAUUUUUAUGGGUCUGGUUUAGGUGUUCCCGGCAACACAGCAAAUACAUUCAAAAUCGGUGAAACGACUGUGAAUGUUCAACAAAUUCCAGGUCUGAAUAGUCUAGGUGUUUCCUUGUCUCGUCUAGAUGUUGCAGUUGGUGGGGCUGUGCCACUUCACACACAUCCUGACGCUACAGAAGUUCUUGUGGUGUUACAAGGCUCUAUGACUGCUGGUUUCAUUUCAACCAAUAAUACUGUCUAUAUGAAAUCUCUUGGAGUCGGAGAUGUCUUUGUGUUUCCAAGAGGUUUAAUGCACUUCCAACGCAAUCCAGGUAAAACUCAAUCCAUGGGAAUUGCUGCCUACAGCAGUUCAAAGCCUAAUAUCCAAAUUCUGGACCUCGCACUGUUCCAAAGUAAUUUGUCCUCUCAGCAGAUAACAGCCAGCACUUUCAUUAAUAUUCCCGAAGUGAAGAGGCUCAAGACCCUUUUUGGAGGCUCCGGAUGA